ACACUGACAGAAGGCAGAGGACUGCAGCUGUUCCAGUCUCACAGGGACAUAAAGAGGUACUCUCAGGAUUAUACUCGCUGGGAACACCACAUUGUUAUUUAUGUAGUAAAAAUAUAUCCGCCACCGAGGAAAAUCACCAAUUACUAAAAUUCAAAUCGUGCUCCGUCUCUUGAAGUCCUCCUGCACCUUGCUAGCGAAGGGAAGCUUUCACCGCUUGCAUUUUUGGCCAGUGGGCAGCAUGUUGGAGAGCAGUUGCAAGGUAGUGAAAGAAGGACUUCUGGAGAAAAGAAGCGAUGGAUUGUUGCAGCUCUGGAAGAAGAAAAGAUGCCUUCUCACUGAGGAAGGACUUCUUCUCAUCCCACCCAAACAGCUGGAGCCCCAACAGCAGCAGCAGCAGGGCUCUCCUCCAGAGCCUGCAAGGAUAAAGGAGCUACACUUCUCCAACAUGAAGACUGUGGACUGUGUGGAGAGGAAAGGCAAAUAUGUCUAUUUCACGGUGGUCAUGGCUGAGGGGAAGGAGAUAGAUUUUCGGUGUCCGCAGGACGAAGGAUGGAAUGCGGAGAUCACAUUGCAGAUGGUGCAGUAUAAAAACAGACAAGCUAUCCUAGCUGUGAAAUCCACCAGGCAGAAACAGCAGCACCUAGUCCAGCAGCAUGGCCAGCGGCUCAGGAGCACAUCCAACUCGGCAUAGUCCAGAUCAAGGACAACCCUUCCACUGGAUUCCAGGUUGAAUUUAAAUAGCACUUUACUGGGUAAAAGAAGUCUUUUGGUUCAACGCACCUAAUACAUUCAAAACAUGGCAGACUUACUAUGUCAAACAGUGGACAUUGACCAUAGUGUGAAGUCAGUGAAGCUUCUUCCUAAACAGUGGAACUUCUGCAGCAAUUCAUGGAUGGCAGAAAAUUGGAAAAAUAAGAAGAAAUAACGCAUUGUGACUUUACUGUAAUCUAUUUAUUUACGUCUUAUGCGCUUCGUGACAAACACGUCGAUGGACAACCCAGUAGGUCGAAUAAUAAUGUAUCCCCAGUGUGCUUGUAAGUCAUGAGUGUUAAUCUGCUACAGGCCUUGUUGGCUUUUUUUCUUGCAGAUGGUAUCCUUAUUUUAUUAUACGCGUUGGGGAAGUUGGAAUUCUUUUGCUUCAACGCAAUGGAGGAGGCAAAUGUUUCCAGCCAAGCUCCAGUUAUCAUAUUAAAGCAUAUGAAAUAUUUUUUUUCCCGCUGCUGAGCAAUCCAGAAAAUCAAAUAUGAUACAAGCAGAAGACGAAAAUCAAACAAUAGGACGUGAUUGUUCUGUUUGAUCGGGUUCAUAAUUCCCAGUUUAUGUUCUCUAUGUUGUCAGAGGGAUUUGCCGAUUCAGUUUGGACUCUUCAUUCUCUACAGACUGCAACAUCCGUUAGCUUGCAAAAGACUGCAAAAACUUCAUGGAUGAAUGCUCCCUAGUCGCACACAGAUGCCUAUUCAUCCCAAAGCUUGUUAAAUUUGAUAUUUAAAAAGACAGCAUUUAUUUUGUGCAAAGCAGAUGAGAGAGGAAAAUAUGGACGCCUUGAGCAUUCAAUAAAAAUCGGUUUGAAUUCCCACAGCUAGAGAUUUGAACAAAUUAUGUUUAAAUAAUUUGUCACUUUGUCAUUCGUGUAUUUUCUUUUUUUAAUGAACCAGUGAUGUUAGUUAACUUUUACAAGCAAAAGAUUUUUAGGCAGAUUUAUUAAAGGGUUUUGUGAUGUCACGUCCUGUUCUCCAUAGUCUUCUGUGCGUUACCAGUAACACUCUCUUCCUGUAUGUAUUUAUGUGCAAACUAUUUGUACCCUCUGAUAAAUCUAAGCCUUUUAUGACAUUCCAAAUGGGCACUUCAUUCAAAAAAAGUUUUUGGUAGAUAUGCUCCCGGCUGGUUAUACUGAAACUGUCCUUAUAAUCACAUACCAAAAUAUGAUGACCGCCUGCAAUACCUGACAAUUUGUUUUGUAAAUCCCAUUGACAAUAAAAUCAUACAUUUUGUAAAUAGAA